ACAACGUGCAGGAGUUGUGGCAUUAGUUUUAAAGUAUUACUUUAGUGGAAUAUUAGAAAGGGUGAAUGAGAUGCAGUAUGCCGACCGCCAAAAUGCAUUUCAACGAGAAGCUGCUAAUUUGGCAAUUCGUCAAAGAAUUGAAGGGGCUCAAGAUGAAAAUAUAGCUGGCAAUAACGGUGAAGUCGAUGAAGUCCCUAUCCCUCCAGUGCAAAACAAUGUCAAUGGGAAUGUUGUGUUUCUGCUGGAACAGGAACAGGCCGAACAGGAACAGGAACCUGAACCCGACGGAAAUGAGGAUGAACAAGUUCCUCCAGCACAGGAUCCUCCUCAAGCAAUGCCCAUACCCAUUCCUGGAAAUGGUGAAGAAAGGCAUCCAUAUCAUGCGCUAGCUCGUGAAAAUGCUGAGGCUUUAAAUGCGCUUUUAAAUCGAGAAAUUCCGGUUAUGACACAGCAACUGCAACAGACAAUGGAACUUAUGAAUCAACUGAUCAGGCGCAGUUGGAUAAUUGAAAUACAUUGA